AUGCUGGCUGAAUCAUCGACCAAGCGAAUACCGCACCGUUGUCCCAGCAGUCAAGUCCUCCUCUCAGCAGCAGCAAACAAGGCUUCCUCCUCAAGAAGAACAACACAAACCAAGUCAUUGGGUGAGCCUACUGGUCUUUUCAACCUAAUUUCCAUGUCCUUGGUAACCGGCAAUGAUACCAGUCAAUUGUUCGAGACCUCGACCAAUAAUCCAGGCCAGCAGCUUGAUCUGUUGGAUGAUUUGCUUGCCAGUGGUUUCUGUGAUCCGUAUCCACAGGAUGGUGCUGCCACCACCACAACAACAGCAACAUCAGACACGGAUAACGCCCUUGCGGUUGCUCGUCCUCAAGAACCUUCUGCCAGACCAACAAGAACUGGCUCCUUUGAUUACAUGUUUGAUGCCGCUUUGGAACCAACACCGCUGGGCCCAAGAUGGUCCGAGACUUCCUCCUCUGCCUCACCAUCUCUUGCCACCACUCCUAACCUCAUGCCAAUGCCCGCUCCUGUCGAAGGUGCAUUGGAGCGAUUGCUGUCACAAGAGUUUCAUCUUGGGGACAAUUCUACUGCACCAGUGAGUGAAGCUACUACUCCUAUGGCUGCUGCUACUACUACCACUCCCAAACGAGCCCACCCCGAAGGACAAAUCACGAGCAGCUCAUCCUUCCCGGCACCCAAGAAGAAGCAGCGAUGCAUCAACCACAAGGCAGCAGAAGAAGGCCCUAAGUUCCGUGACUACCAAGAGCAACAAUGGAUUGACAAAUUUCAAGAAUUGAUCCAAUUCAAGGCUUCCCAUGGACACUGCCUCGUCCCCCACACCUUUGAUGAAAAUCCGGCACUGUCACGAUGGGUCAAGAGACAACGAUACCAAUACAAAAUGUUCCUCAAACUAAAUCAGCAUGAUUCCGCUGCCACGUCCACCAUGACGGAGGGCCGCGUCAGAAUGCUCGAGAACAUUGGCUUUGUCUGGGACUCCCAUGCCGUGGCCUGGGAGGAACGUUUGUUGGAAUUGAAAGAAUUCCAAAGUAGGUUUGGACAUUGCAACGUUCCUUCCAACUACACCAAGUCUCCACCACUGGCCGUUUGGGUCAAACGCCAACGACGUCAAGUCAAGCUAUUUUGGAAGGGAGAGCGAUCAACGAUUACCCAAGAACGCUUUGUGGCCCUUCGUGAUCUAGGAUUCACCUGGGAGCUGCGUCGCAGCAAGAAUUCAUGCUAG